UACAUAUAUCGUUGCAAAAUUCUUGAGAUAUUGUAUAUCGUUGCGCAAUGUUACUCGCUGAAAUGUAUACAAAUACCGUGACAAAUUGCCAGAAGCUAUCGCCUUUUUUCGCAUUCGCUUACGAAAGCAUUAGUUUUGUGUCGUAUCCUGACGUAAAACCCCAUAUAACCCUUGUAUGAUCAUAUAUGAAAGAAGUUACCGAUCCGCACAAAUCUCUAUGAAACGUUCGCGUUUUUAUACGCCUUGUAAUUGCAAUUCCCGACUGUUUUAACUCGUGCUAUGCGUGACGCGCAUUUAUCGUGAAUCGACGAAAAACAACUACAUUACUACACACACAAUGGCUGCAUUCAGCCCGCUUACAUGGUGAACUUGUGAGCUUUUGCCGAGAUACAAUGUCGGACGAUAAUAUGUCGCAUAUCUCCUAUGGACUUGAUAGCCGUGGAAGGAUAGUACGAAUCGAGUCGGGUAUAACCAGGGCCAACAUCAGACGUCUUCCGAGCAUAGAAGAAGCUUUAAGAAGACUAAGUACAAAUUUGAGAUCCGAUAGACAAACUACUGACCCUAACAAUGAAAUAUCUGAUUCUCAAGCUACGGCACAAAUAGCAUCGCUAGAAGAAGAUUCUCAAAAUGCAUGGGAUGUAACAGAUUAUGACCUAUCUGUUGGACCAAUCCUCACCGAUGAGCCAUCUUCGCCGAAUCAAAUUACAUCUAGUGUGCCAUCGUUGACUCCAGAAGAAGACAGGCGAUAUUGUUGGGUAUGUUUUGCAACUGAUGAAGAUGACGCAACUGCAGCGUGGGUUAAACCAUGUCAUUGCCGAGGCACUACAAAAUGGGUUCACCAGGGUUGUAUCCAAAGAUGGGUUGAUGAGAAGCAAAAGGGUCAUGCUGGACAUGCUGUAGCAUGCCCACAAUGCAAUACAGAAUAUAUUAUAGUUUAUCCAAACAUGGGUCCAUUAGUGAUAGUACUCGAUACGAUCGACACAGUUAUCUUCCGAGUAUGUCCUUUUAUUGCUGCUGGUAUUGUAGUUGGCUCUAUAUAUUGGACAGCUGUGACUUAUGGUGCAGUUACUGUUAUGCAAGUAGUGGGUCACAAGGACGGUCUUACUAUGAUGGAACAGGCCGAUCCUUUAGUUCUACUGGUUGGCUUGCCAACCAUUCCAAUUAUGUUAGUUUUGGGAAAAAUGCUUCGUUGGGAAGAUCAAGCCCUUAGUUUUUUGAGGAGACAUGCAUCUAAAGUUCCUAUUUUAAGACAUUUUCUACCGAGCAGUUAUACUGACGAAGACACAAGUAUACAAUCUGAAGAUAUACCACCAAUGAAUGAUCCGGUAUCUGCAACGCGUGUUCUUUGUGGCGCACUUUUAUUGCCAACCAUUGCUAGUCUGUGUGGAAGGAUAUUCUUCGAAAGUAUAAGUUCCAAUUUUCAGAGAACAUUAUUGGGUGGUGCAGCUUUUAUAACAAUAAAAGGAGCGUUCAAGAUUUAUCAUAAACAACAACAAUACAAGAGACAAUGUCAGCGGCGUGUAAUGGACUAUACAGAGAGCAACGUAGCAUUAUACAAAAGACAACAAGAUUCCGAAAGUGAUCGAAGUUAAAUAAAAUAGUUACGAAUAUUCCAAUUUCGAUUGAUAUCAGUGAUGUAGACUAGUCACCUUUUCACGCAUACGCAUGUACUGCAACGCCCGAAAAAUCUGAUAAUGUAUAUAGAAUGUAAAAGAGAGGUCUUGUAAUUUUAGGAUUUGUCCAGAUCUGGCAACAAAAAGAUUAAUGGCGAAUUCGAUUGAACGCACUGGUGCACAUUAAAGCCGUUAUAUACUGAUUUAUUCGAAUGUAAAAGUGAAAUACAAAUAUUUCAAAUUAUAAACUACAUAUUUUACCUAGUAAGUAUAAAGUGUGUUAAAGAUUUCACGGUUUUACUUGUUUCUAUAUUUAUAUUAAACAUAUAUUUUCACGUCAAUCUAUGUACAAUGACUUUAAUGACGCAUCUAAUGCGUCCAUUCGACAGUCGAAUUCGUUGUAAAUAAUAAGGAUCUAUGGCCUUUUUAAAAUUUCUACAAUGUUCUAUAAUACUUGAUUACUAAUUGAUUUUCCAACAAAGUAAUAUAAUUUUUAUAGACACUCAAAAUAGGGCUUUAACAGGACCGUUAUAAAUUCGACAUUAGUGCAGUGUUGAUGCUACACUUGCAUGCGCGAAAAGGUGAUUCGCUUAAUAACACUGAUUAAUAUGGAUAUAACUUUACAAAUAUAUAAAGCAGAUCAGCGCUGUACAAUAGUGGUAUUCGUAAAUAAUUCAACUAUACAAAUAUAAUGUCUUUAAUGUUAUAUAUCCAUACAUUUAUACACACGUAUACGCGCGCACCACGCGUCUGCACACACCAGCGCGCGCGCACAGGCCAUAGUACAGACACGUGGAAUAAAGCAUCGUAUAAGAAUAUAUAUAAAGUAUUCCAUUGCGCAUAAUGGCGGCGACUAAAACAACUUCAAAUAUUUACCCGAAAAUUAGUGGAAUGCACAUGCAAUUAUGUUCCUUUUUAAAAUUUAUGGUUUUGAUUGAUGAAAUAGUAACCAUAUUAUGUUCAAGACGGUUGGCAUCCUUGAGAAUGGAAUAUAUUCUUAUAUUCUUAUACCAUGGAAUAAAUAAAUGUAUGUACAUACAAGAAUAAGGAUUGUAUUUGAGCAAGGUCAAUGAUUAAUUUAGGAUCGUGUUUUCCAAAAGAUACAAGGGAUGCUUUCCAUUCGACACGACAAGUGUCAUUCUAUCUUUGUCACUCUCUGAAUAU